AUGGCACAAACCUCAGAAUUCUCACCUGCAGAGCUCAUAGAAAAUGACGGAAAAGCCUUUGCAUGGGUUUCAAAUUGCUUGAAAGAAGUAAUUUCUGCGAGAAACCUGCACGCCGUUGAACGGAUAAAUGAGCUAAGAGAGCUCUUCAAGGUUCUUCUGGAGGUUAGACAGGUAAAUCUCAAUUUUUCACAAGCUGUGAACGAUGAAAUGGCAUCUUUGACGUGUGUUUGUCUCGAUGAAUUGAGAACGAAGGACCCCAACCAGGUGUGGGAAGUGGGGAACGUUUUGGCGAGUAUAAUAUGUGAAGAAGAUUUAAAUCUUGAAUCUUCGAAGAAAAACCGCAUCAAGAAAAGAUACUCAUAUUCAGAUGCAAAGCAGUUGGCUAUUACCAUACUGAUCCGGCUUUUCAGUACCUUUCACGAGGCACUGAGUUCACUUGUGCCAGUUUUACUCAGCUCAUUGAUCAAGAACUUGAUCAGAAACCUACAGAAAGACAAAUAUAUUCAUGCGAAUUACUCAACGUCUAUUUCUCAAUUGAUUUGGGUAAUUUUUGAGAGAUUUGAUGCCAAUGCGAUAGAUGACGAGAUGAUUGGCAAAGUUAGUAGAAUGGUGAAGACCGUAUCGGCAGACAUAGCCGAAGAACGAAAUCGAUACCCCAUAGGGUUGAUAGACGCUUUUAUUGGUUGUUGGGGACAUAUUCUGCGAAGGAAAGCCAUCAAGGACAAGUCUGGCGACGACGUUCUAAACAGCUUCAAAGCCAAGUUUAUUAACGACAAUCUUGGUCAUUUUGCAUUCACGAAUUCCAAGACCCGCAUAACUUCGGCACGUAUUAUUGCUGAAACACUAUUAUACUAUGAACAACAUGGUCUUAUCUCUCAAGAGCGAACAUGGGAGUUUUACAUUGAGUUUUUCAUACAGUCGAAGACGCUGGCUGUCAAAAGUUGUUGCUUUGAAUCAAUUUGUCAUUUCGUUAGCCUUAACGUUCUUGCUAAUGUGAAGUAUCUCUCUGGAAUUCGUUACUUGGAACUAUUUGAGAAUCUCUCCUUUGGGAUUCUUUCACAUGUAGAUGUCAGGAACUUAACUUUGGACUCCAUCUCACGGUAUCUUCAAUAUUUCGAAAACUUGCACAGGCUCAUUUUUCCGUACAUUGGCGAGGCUUCUGAAAAUGCCAUUCUCUUUUCAAUUUUCGGUGACAAAAGCGAGAAAUUACUCCAGGAUCCCAUAAAUGAGACCUCCUUUACAACGAUAGCGUUCCUUCAGUUUUCGAAGUUACUCAUGGAAGAUAGCUCCUCGUCCUUCGACAUCGACAAUCGGCAAACAUCUAUCAUAAAAGAAAAACUCGUUAAACUUUGUCUUAGCGACAAUUUCCAAAUUAGAGUACAUUCGGUGCGCGUUUUGAAUAUUUUCAUGCAACUAAUUCCCCGUUUCAUGAACAGCACUUUGACGCAGUCGCUUGAUUUUUUGACGGCGGGAUUUUCGUCAAAUUUUGAAUUUCAACAAUCGCAUGGUAGCGCUUUGAUCAUAUCGUCGCUUAUGAACGUUGUUGAUCCUGAUUUUGUCUCGACUGAGCUGGUGAUGAAGAUCAUGGUUUUUGCGCUUACUUUGAAUAAGGCGUCGAGUAGUACAAGCGGGUCUUUGUCUUACUAUAAGGGAUUGAUUUCUUGGAUUCUGUUGUGUGGCUUGAUGACGUAUCGUGAUGAGAACUUCUUAAAGGAUCACACUUCACAAAUGCUAAUAUUCUGGAAAAACAUUUUAACACAUUCCUUUAAUUUCAGCAGCGAAGAUGAGCUUUACAAAAACCUUGAGUUGAGAAGUCAUGCUUUAACUUGUUUGCUGGCAUUUUUGGAUGCUGUAUCAGCUGGUGACGAUUUCUGCAAAGAAGUUUGCUUCCUCCUUUCAAAGUGUUCUGCAUUCAAUCAUUCUAUUUCUCUUAAGUCUAAAGUCAUUGAUUCCGCACUGUUGGGGAAUGAGAAAAGGAUUUUACAGCUAUAUCUGAAGAUACCUCAAUAUGUUCGGGGUGAUUUUAAUACUGCUCUUUUGAUAUUGAUUGUCAAAAACUUUUCAGAUCCCAAUAUUUACACAGCUUUCCCAACAUCUGCUGAAGGCAAAGCUGUUGGCAAAUCCGGCAAUGGCUUAUCUUCAGAGCUCGUGGUCUUCGAUGAACUUUUUAGUGAAAAGUCUUAUUUUUCAUGCGGCAUUACCAGUAAAUGCCACGGUGACCAAUUAGAUGAGAUUCAAGGAAAACCCCAGAUGAUUUAUCCUACUAACGGAAUCUUAGAUUGCUCCGAAACCAAAGGUUUUUGGUACGACCGAUUCGAAGAUGAAAUUUCUAAGCCUAUUACGACUGUGCUGUCCUACGACUAUUUGAUAAUGUUCUAUAGCCGCCGAGGUUAUUCUAAGAUUGAAGCCUUUUGCCCUCGAGUCACGACGUCCAUUAUCGACUGUUCGAUCGAGAUAUUUUCCUUAACUUUUCCCUUCCUGAAUAAGAAGAUUCAACACUCUGUUCUUGAGAGCUUGAAUUCUUGCAUAUUUUCCAAAAAUACUAUCAACCUAAGGACUGCAGCUAUCACAGUGAAUACUUGUCUUGCUAUUCAUGGCGCACUUUUAAUUUUGCAUUCGGAAAAUUUGACUCUCGAAAAUGAGAUUGGAGGGUUGAUGCUUCAAAUAUUGAAAGGCAUGUCUUUUGGUGAAAAUGAAAGACUAAUGAAGCUUAGAGCCGAUGCUAUCGGUCUGAUAGUAACUUCUCGACUUAGUGAUCGCGAAAUUGCUAGUGGAGAAAAAUAUGAAUACAUGCAUGGGAACAUAGACAUUUUGCAAAAAGCCAUUGUUGAUAUUCCUAAUCCUUACGAGCGUGCUUUCAAUGCUCUUUCCAUUGCUUCGAUAUGCAAACAUGGAAAUAUCAAAAGUUUGAGCCAUUCUGCGCUAGAGUUGUUCGAGACGUUAUCUUUAGAUACUCAUCCUGUGGUGCACACUUGGGCUUUGUACGGCAUUGAAAUUUUGUUCGAAAGUCUGACAACACUUGAUCUUGCUGUUGCAGGAAAGCUUCUUUCGCUUUUGGAGACGUUUAUUUUAAGUGAUCAGCGUGGGAUAUUCUCUGCUUCCACAUGGACACAAAACUAUUGCACAACCUUUAACCCACAUUUCGUGAUUGGAAACAUUCUAAAUGGAUUGACUGAAAUUCUAGGCCCAGAUCUAGUCAGUCUUGAUGACAGAUCUCGAGAAAGAUUUAGGAAUCUAAUAUUCUUACUUUUAUCGUCCCGAAACGUUCAGAACCAAAUGGUGAUUUUAAAAAUCUGUAUUAACCUGGCGACUUUUAAAAUGCUUGAUGUCGUCCCUUUUGAGCACUGCGUAUUGUUGGGAAGAACUCUUAUCAAGCAGUCGUUUUCGUGCUUUUGUGGUGCAGAAAAUAUGCCAACUACCUCUCUUUGCGUUGAGACACCUUUAAAAUCGUAUAAUGAGGACGCAAUUAAGAUAAGCUUCACCUUUUUUGAUCAAGUCUUGAAGUUAGGACAGUUUUCCUCCAGCUUGAAAGAUGCUGCGCACACUGUAUGGGCUUAUUACUCAAUGUUUCCCAGGACAAAAGAAGGUCAGGUUUAUCUAGAAAAGUGGCUUUUUGAAACUAUGGUAGAAGAUAGUACUUGGGUCAACAAAGUUUGUGCUCUCUUUUCUGUUCACUUUGAUGAGCUUCUGAGGUACUGCUAUAAGCCACGCAUGAUACAUGUCAUAGGACUAAGUGUAGGCGCUGUCGACGAGCGGCAGGAAAAUGCUACUAGCUUUGACGCAUUUUCUUCAAACGCCCAACACAAGCAAAUGAAUAAGAAUAUUUCGAUUUCGCUUGAUGAGCCAUUAAGAUGGGAAGGACGAGUUUUGCUGAUGGAGUCAAUUCUAAAAUACUUUGAUUAUUGUACAGAACUUGACAACAUGGGACCAAUCUUGAGCAGCAAGUUGCUGAUCUUGAUAAAACUAUCUUUUCAGGCAGCUACAUCGAAUGUGGGAUGUCUCAGGAGACUCGGUAUUGAACUUUUAGAAGUCAUCAUUAAUUUUUAUGCUGAAAACAACGAAGAUGAAGCAGCUUUGGCCAUUCUAAAUGAGGAGAAAGCGCAAGUCGUCAGCUCUCUCAUGUCGUGCGUUGGGGAGAACAGGGUUCCAGCGAAUUUUUGUUGUGCGGUCCGUGUUGCUGCAAAAUAUUUGUCUUCUAACAUCGUUUCUCUUGAUGAAAUGAAAAGAGUCACCUCUUUCUUCGAGAGCUCAUUGGGUGAGUUCAUGCGUGGAAAAGAAAGCAAUCACACUCCCGGUAAAGUGGACGGUCUUACCUCAAGGGCGAAGGUUGAGAUUGAGAAAUCAAUUCUUAGCGCUUGGGCGGAAUUGACUUUAGAUGCUUGCCGUAAUUCGUCAAAUAAAUCUGACCUGCUAAUAUUUGUGGAAAAUCAUUGGAAUAGUUUGGUUCCUCUGUGGAUCAUUUCUUUACGUGAACACUCCAUUAAUUGCAAUAGGGUGAAGACCACUCAAAAUGGUUUUCUGAUUCGUAACGGAGUAAAUUUUGACCAUGAUUCCAAAGAGAACCGAAAAAGGUGGCUUGUUGUUAUAGAUGCAAUCUGUUGUGCAAAUGACAAAAACCCCAAACUGUUGAGUCAAUGCCUUGGAGAACAGGACUUAAGCGCAUUUUCGUUUGUCAUGUUCGCUGAAUGUAUUCAAAACAUUGUUUCGAAUUUCGAAGAUGCUAGUAUGACUCAAUCCUCGCUAUCCACUGUUGGCAGCGUUCUUGGUUUGGAGGUUCCCUUGCACUGCAUUUUUGACUCGGAAAUUCAGGAUGAAUUGGCUCAAAUAUUUGAUCGCAUCGCUUUGACUGGGGCAUUAAAAAGUCAUUUUGCUCUCAUUGAUGUCAUCGAAAAAAUUGUUACCAAGUUUUUUGAGUAUGAAAAGAGUGGUGAGAUAGGCAUAUCUGAGCUUGAUAAAAUAUAUGAACUUUUGCGGAUUGUUUUCAUGAUUUUGGGACAGUUACAACCACAAUUGAAGAAGUCUGUUGACGAUCAUAACAACCUUCUCUCCACAUUAUCGGAAGAGCAUCAAAGGUUGCUUAUUAAGCGUGUUUUCGAUUGUUUUAUUUCUGUCGUCGACAAGUUUCCGGUCGUUUUUAAGAAUGAUCUAUGUGCGUGCCUUUUCUACACUAUCGGUGAAAUUAUGUAUUCUGAUGGUUAUGAGAAGUUGGUACCGCUCACGUUACCUCUUUUGAAGUAUAUUAUCAAUCAAACGAAGAGUUUCGAUGAUGGUAAAGAUAUGGUUAAUAUAUUUUACAAUGCACUCAAGAGUCGAAUCUUUGAGGAGAUGCCACGCCAAUUAAGCAUUACCACAGCGAUCAUCCUCUUGAGCGAAUAUGACCUUUUUGAUUCUGUGGAAAUUGAAGUGAUUGCAAGUAACUUGAUAGAAUCUUUUAAAGUUGAAGAGGAGGAAGAACUAGCUUUCGGGAUAAUGUGUUCUACAAUCAAAAACAUGAGCCGCUCUUACGCUGAAGCAAAAAUUUUGAAAUGUUUUCUUGAAAAGCUCUUCAAAGAUCUCCAAACUUCCGAGGUUUCCUCCUAUGUAAAGCCAGCUGACUUGAUGAGGUUGCUGUUAGAAUUAAAUGGAGAAAUUGAUAAAGAAAGUGUUGAAAAAAGAACUGGUGUGAUAAACUUGUCGGUGCUUGCCUUGGCUGCCUUGUUGGAAGUGAAUCCGGAUCAAAAGCAAGGUUUUUCUGAAGUUCUCAUGGAAUUAAUACAGAUCGAUGGAGAGGAAGUCAAGAGAAGUAUUCAAUUACACCUUGAUGAGCAUGAAAAGGGCUUAGUAAAAGGUUUGAUAAAACUGACCAUUGGAGGAGAUUCGGAUGUCUCUGAAAGAAGAAAUCAGUCUAUGAAACUAAAGACAUUUAAAUAA